CCUUACAUUGGUUUUCACUUAGUGAUGUCGCGUAUUUGUGUGGUGAACCUGUAAAGAGCGAGACAGGCAGAAGCCGGCUUUUUUAAUUAUUUGAUUCCUUUUAUUUCUUCAGUUAUUUAGAUUUUAUUUAAUGCAUUGGCUGUAAGGGAAUCAUUUCUGUAUUUUGGUUAAAUAAAUAUUUAAUUUAAUAAUUGUAUCUUGUUUAUGUCAUCAUUUUUAUGUUUCUAAGUUUGAACUAAGGCGGAAUUCAUCUUUUUAUAUUUGCAAGUGUUUUCUUGAUUCUCUAUUUUUUUAAGAGAUUGUUUGGCUAAGGACGUCCGUAACUUUCAUUUGUAGAAACGACGGCAACUCCCGAGUAACAUGGCGGUAAGACUGUGCGAUGUGGCCUCUCUGCUUAGAAGUGGCUCGUGGGCGGCAGAGCCUUGGACUGGGCAGGUAAUUGCUGCCAUGGAAACACAGCUGUCUAACGGGCCAACUUGCAACAAUGCGAGCAACGGUCCGUCGACAAUCUCGAACAACUGCUCCUCGCCGGUGGAGUCGGGGAGCAUAGAAGACAGUAAAACUAACCUGAUAGUCAACUACCUGCCUCAGAAUAUGACCCAAGAAGAGCUCAAGAGUUUGUUUGGGAGCAUCGGGGAAAUCGAGUCCUGUAAAUUAGUCAGGGACAAAAUAACAGGGCAGAGCCUCGGAUAUGGAUUUGUGAAUUACGUGGACCCUAAAGACGCAGAAAAAGCCAUCAACACCUUAAAUGGUCUGAGACUCCAGACCAAAACCAUUAAGGUCUCCUACGCCCGUCCAAGCUCGGCCUCCAUUAGAGAUGCAAAUUUGUACGUCAGUGGCUUGCCAAAAACCAUGACUCAGAAAGAACUGGAGCAGCUCUUCUCGCAGUAUGGACGCAUCAUUACCUCACGCAUUCUGGUGGACCAGGUGACCGGUGUCUCCAGAGGGGUGGGUUUCAUCCGGUUUGACCGGCGAAUUGAAGCCGAAGAAGCCAUCAAAGGCCUAAACGGCCAGAAGCCGCCGGGCGCCACGGAACCAAUCACGGUGAAGUUUGCCAACAACCCCAGUCAGAAGACCAGUCAGGCCCUGCUCUCUCAACUGUACCAGUCGCCCAAUCGAAGGUACCCCGGACCCCUCGCACAGCAGGCACAACGCUUCAGGUUGGACAAUCUGCUAAACAUGGCAUACGGAGUCAAAAGCCGGUUUUCCCCGAUGGCCAUCGAUGGAGUGACCAGCCUGGCUGGCAUCAACAUCCCAGGGCACGCGGGCACCGGUUGGUGCAUCUUCGUCUACAACCUGGCGCCGGACGCUGACGAGAGCAUCCUGUGGCAGAUGUUCGGGCCGUUUGGCGCCGUCACAAACGUGAAGGUCAUCCGUGACUUCAACACAAACAAGUGCAAAGGGUUUGGAUUUGUCACCAUGACUAACUAUGACGAGGCGGCCAUGGCCAUUGCCAGCCUAAACGGGUAUCGGCUCGGGGACAGAGUUCUGCAAGUCUCGUUCAAAACCAACAAAACACACAAAGCCUAAAUCUCCGUCUCAGAUCGUUUAUAGGGAACUCUGCAGAAAAUGGAAAGACAUGAAACAAAAACCUACCGACCGUUAACUUUCUACGUUAAGAAAAACGUCUUUGUAAAUCAGUGUUACGAAGGGAAACGAUAUUUAGCGUCCAACAAUGUGAUUUUCUUUUUCUUUAUUGUUAGGCUUUGAAACUUCUUGAAAGAAUUUGCGUUAAACCGGAAAAAAUACAGCAGGUUUCAGUGCCUGUAAUGUUGCAUUCUAUUGCUGAUAGACCUUUUAAAAUGUUACUAAUGUUUUAUUUUUUGUUGUUUCGUUGCACAUCUGCUUUGAACCAGUACGUCUUGUAAGGCUUUGUGUAGUAAUUUUCUUUGUUCUGUGUCUUGCUUUGCCUUACGUGCGUUGGCGUCUUAAGUGGUUAAGAAAGUAUUUAUUUUUGAUUAUCAUGUUUUGUUGUUUUUUGUAAAACUUUGUUUAUUGUAAUAUUAGUUGGUUAUUGGUUGGCUGCAUAAUGUUGCUUGUUGUGAAACUAAUGAAGAAAAAAUACAAAAAAAAAAUCUUAAAGCAGUAUCUUGCCAAAGAGCUAAGAACCUCUUUGAUGUGGGUUUAAAAAGCAUCUAUUUUUAUAAAAAGAAAAAUUUGGAGAAACUUUUUACUGGAAGUGGAACAAAUAUUUUGACUUGGAUACUUUGAGAAAUAUCUUCAUAUGACACCUUGUGAGCUUUCAAACUUUACCAGAAAGUUUGCAGUGGUUGAAAUUUCUGGAGAGAUUUAUGAUGUAAAAGAUACCUUUUGAGAUCUUUGUAUUAUCUUUAGAUUCUAGAAUCAAUGACAGUGCUGGUUUCAUUUAUAAAAUCAUCUGUGAGUUGUCCCAUCGUCCUGGUUAUUAUAUGACUAGCAACUCGGUCAGAUUUGAUUUGGAAACACAGACAGAAAAAUACAAAGGUUUAUUCGCAAAAGUGCAUGCAAAAUUAUUAACUGGAAAUAUCUAAACGGUAAAGGUGGGAUACAAAUCAGUUCUUCCUACAGGAUUCUCUUCAGACGGCUCAUGGUGUUUUGUGGUGUACUGACUAUAUUAUUAAAGACACAUUUUGUCUUUAUAUUAAAUAAGGGUUUUACCUGCUUUGUACGAAAGGAUAGGGCAAUCCGACGAAGGCAGCAGCUAAAGGAAAGUACUUAGAAUGAAGAAAUGGGAAGGAUUACUUCUGAGCUUAGAGCUAUGUAAAUAAGUCCUUUUUUAUGUUGAGUAUUUGGCUAACUUAUUUUGAUCCUUUUUUUGGACUUGCAAAGUGCUUUUUUUUUUUUUAAAUUUAAGAGUACGUACAGUGUUUUUUAUUUAUUUUGGAUAUUGCCUUAUUUUGAUUUCAGUUUUACUCUGAAAGUUGUUUACAUUCAGUUAAAAUACUUGAUUUGUUGUCCUAUGGACUCGCAUUACAGUGCGUUGGAUAUGUUGGUUGUUUAGGUAGUCUUGCUUCUGCUAUUAAGAAAAUUACAGACUUAAGUUUUUUUUUGUUACUAUAUAUAAACAUUAUAGAUAUAUAUAUUUAUGUGGUAAAGAAUGAAUAUAAACCACAGUUUUGAAGUAUUUCCUUUUUUUUUUUAUUUGUUUUCUUCAAAUUCAUGUAAACGAUGCAUAUAACUUGUCUUAAACAUCGUAAAAGGUGUAUAUUGCUUUAUUCACUUUGGGGGAAAGACAAUGCAGUUCCAUGACCAUAGCAAAAAAAAAAGGGUUGUACGAGAUUGCUGAACAACAUUGUGCUUAUCUUGAACAAAUGAAGGCUGGUCAAGCCUUGGACGCACUGAGUUCUGUACCUGCAUCCUGCUUUGUAUUUAACUAAUUACUAGUCAUGCUUCCCCCUUAAAAUGAGCAGUGUGCUAUGCAUUAUAUAUUUAUCUUUGCAAAUGCUUUUCUUUCUCGUUGACUUCUCUCUUUUGGGUUACUUGUACGAGUUUAAACUUUGAUUAGACGAGCUGUGACACACGUGCUGCUGUGGGGGUGGGGCCACGUUUUCUCAUGCCCGGCAUGUCGCUCGUCCAGUGGGUUACUUAAGGGACCGUAGGUGGUUCGACCGUUUAAGCCUCGACAGCCCGGCCUGACAAAUUGAGUCCCCACCCCCCCACCCUUUACUAUAUCUCAAUUCUAAAUGUGAGAAUGAUUAUUUAUUUAAAGAUGUACAGUAUGACUUUGUUCACAGCAUUUUUGGGGGUUUUUUGUUUUCUUUUCAGGGAUAGAAUAUAUCUUGAGUAUUUAAAAGGAUGUACAUGUUCUUUUCUUUGUGUUUGGAAUACUUGGUAAUUUUUUUUCAUGUUCAGUACAUCAAUAAAUAAGUUGAAGGGAAAUGCAGGUCUCUGGAUGGACCCCUUGUCUACUGUACUGCAGUUAACUUCUCAGUACCAACUUUAUGGAACCCAUGUGUACAGGACAGUAUUUUCAUGGCCUUGUUAUGGGAUCCAGUAGUGGCUGGCGUGUGCGUGUGCGUGU